GCUCUUUCUGCAAACGUUAUUUUUGGCCGUAGGACAGAGGUUGCGGGCUGAGGGUCGGACGCAGGGACAACGGUCACCAGCUCCUGCGCUACUUCCGUUACUCUCCGGCGGCACACGGUCCUGGGCGCCGCGAGGCUCUUACCCCCGUGGCCGCUGGGGAUUGGCUGCCGGCAAGGCCCGCCCCGUGCCCCCGGGCUCUGAGGGGGCGGAGCGCGGAGGGAGAAGGCGCGAAGGCUGGGCGUCGCGACCGCAGGUGGACGCGCGUGGCCCGCGACACGAGGAGAUCCUGUUGGAAAGCAACUGCAGCAUGUCCUGGAAUAGUAGUGACCCCCAACUGUCUGCUAAACUGUUUGGGAAGAAUGGAGUGUUGGAAGAGCAGAAAUCUCCAGGAUUCAAGAAAAGAGAGACAGAGGUGUAUGUUGGCAAUCUUCCACUGGAUAUUUCUAAGGAAGAAAUUCUGUACCUUCUAAAGGACUUCAACCCCCUUGAUGUCCACAAAAUCCAGAAUGGCUGCAAAUGCUUUGCAUUUGUAGAUCUGGGCUCCAUGCAGAAAGUGACACUUGCAAUCCAGGAGCUGAAUGGCAAACUCUUCCACAAGCGAAAACUAUUCGUGAAUACAAGCAGAAGGUCCUCCAAGAGGACCCCUGAUGUGACACAGCAGCCCCGGGUGCCACUGGUGUUGGAGAAGGCUUCUGGUGAAGGAUUUGGCAAAACCGCUGCUAUUAUACAGCUCGCUCCUAAAGCUCCUGUUGACCUGUGUGAGACAGAGAAACUGAGGGCAGCCUUCUUUGCAGUCCCCUUGGAAAUGAGAGGGUCCUUCCUGGUGCUGCUCCUGAGGGAAUGCUUCCGAGACCUGAGCUGGCUGGCGCUCAUCCACAGUGUCCGUGGGGAGGCAGGGCUGCUGGUGACCAGUAUCAUCCCGAAGACCCCGUUUUUCUGGGCCAUGCACAUCACUGAGGCUCUGCACCAGAACAUGCAGGCGCUGUUUAGUACCCUGGCUCAGGCGGAGGAGCAGCAGCCCUACCUGGAGGACUCCGCCGUUAAGCGUGGGACUCGCUGUCUGGCAGAGUACCACCUGGGGGAUUAUGGACACGCCUGGAACAGGUGUUGGGUGCUGGACAGGGUGGACACCUGGGCUGUGGUCAUGUUCAUUGAUUUUGGACAGUUGGCCACCAUCCCUGUGCAGUCUCUGCGCAGCCUGGACAGCGACGACUUCUGGACCAUCCCACCCCUGACUCAGCCAUUCAUGCUGGAGAAAGACAUUUUGAGUUCAUAUGAGGUUGUUCAUCGAAUCCUCAAAGGGAAAAUCACUGGUGCUUUGAACUCAGAGUCGCACAUCCUAAAGUUUGAAGAGUCUAAAUAAUGGGGCUCCCCUCAGCAUGUUCCCUCUCCUGUUUGCCACGGAUCCAGAGGCCACCUGCCCUGCCUUCUCGUACCCCUUUCACCCUUGAGGCCUGGGAGGUGAAAAAAGCCAGACUGUGCCCAGGAUUGAUUUUCAUUUUGCUUUUACUCCCAACUUCCCUCCCAAAAGAGAGUGAAGUCUCAUUUGUCAUGUGUCUUCAGUCCCCAACUUGGCAUGAACAUUUGAACCAAACAUAGGAAACUACCAUUAGGUUGAAAGCCUGAGGCAGCUGGGAUGGUCUUUCUUGUGUCUCUUCUUUGUACCCCAGAGCACGAUAUAAGUGGUCCUAACAGAUUCUGGAUAAUGGAGAAGCCCUCUGCUAGUUUUCCUGGCAUUCAAUGUAGAAUAGGUAGAGAAUAUUUAAUCGAUGAGCAAAUAAAUGUUGGCAUGUUUCCUGAG